AGUCUUGGAAUGUGGUCGAUUGCGUUCAUAUCGUGCGCGCAGUCGAUGCGAUACAUUUAAUGUGACCACUUGUAUUCGUCGCGGCUUUCCCCAACAAUCAACAUCGAACAAACGAUUUUCACUGGACAACGAUCAUUUCUACCGAUGAAAAUAAAUUGAGAUUUUUUUUUAAAGUGAAUUUUUGACAUUUUUCGAAUGAAGGAUGAAUAAAAAAAAUUUGCAACCGCCAAUUGGAAUACUCAAAAAUAAAUCAAAAAUUGAAAUUGAUGAUAAUAAUUAAUAGAGGUGAAAAUUAAACGGAUUGGAAAAAAAAAAUCAUCAAUGUGUAAAAAUGACCAGAUGAUUGAAUAGCCAUGGUCAAAUGAAUCGCAAAACUUACCGUGAUGUGUUUGCCAAAUGAAUGUCAUAAUAAUCAUAAACAACGAAAAAAAUAAACUCAAAAUAAAUUUGGUUUAAAGAAAGUUUUGUGUAGAGACGGAAAAAAUAUUUGUAAAUUUAUGAGCAAGUUGAUGAAACUCAAUCAAAACCGUGGAAUAAAAUGCAUUUGGCAACCGAAGUGACAUCAACGACAAAUCAUCAAUUGUCAACGACAUCAUCAUCAUCAUCAUCAAUGGAUACAAAAAGCGCUGUAAAUGAAAAUAACAAACAAACUAAAACGGAUUCAUCGGCCAAAACCAGUAACAAUGGCUUUUUAACCGCCCAAGAAUUGGCUGAACGAACCAUUGACAGUUUAUUGGCCGAACAUCCCGGAGAAUUGGUUCGAACUGGUUCACCACACAUUGUGUGCACAACGUUGCCGACUCAUUGGCGAUCGAAUAAAACGUUGCCCGGUGCAUUUAAGGUUGUUGCGUUGGGUGAAGUGAACGAUGGCACAUUGGUCACUGUGAACGCUGGCAACGACGAGAAUUUCUGCGGUGAACUCCGCAAUCACACCGCCGUGAUGAAAAAUCAAGUGGCUAAAUUCAACGAUCUCCGAUUCGUCGGACGCAGUGGGCGAGGGAAAAGUUUUUCGCUCACAAUAUGCAUAUCAACCGUUCCGGCCCAGGUAACAACCUACAUGAAAGCAAUUAAAGUAACAGUCGAUGGACCGCGAGAGCCACGCUCAAAAAUUCGUCACCAGAACUUCCAUCCAUUUGCAUUUGGACCGCAGCGUUUCGCGCCUGAUCCACUUCUGGCUGGAUUACCCUUCAAAUUGCCAGGAUUUCAUCAUUUUGGUAUUCCGUCGCAUUUAGCUGCGGGUCAUGAGUGGCGUACGUUAGCAAAUCGUCCGGGUUUUCCACAUGUACCAUUUUUCCAUCAUCAACCUGCAGCAUCUCACUUCCCGCCGCACAUGCUUCAUUUGGAUCAAAAUCGAAGUGUCUUGGGUCUAUCCAACCGUGCCACAACGCCACCGUUGACGUGUCUCAACAAUCAAAGCACCGCAUCAAAUAACAAUAACAAUAAUCCGCAUAGUACAACGAGUCCAAAUUCAUCACCUGCCAAUGUAUCACUAACGAAUUCAUCGCAAUUGACGCCGCCGCACAUGGACGAAAAUGACAAUAAUUUGAACGAUGACCGAUUCGAAAAUGACAACAUAUCGGUUACUGGUUCACCGACACACGCCAAUUCAACCGAAGACGAUGAAAGACGUAGUCCAUCUCCAUUUCAGUCAUCGGCCACAUUACCACCGCAAGCUCAAACCGAAGCGCCUGGAAAUGGUGGUGCAUUCACAUCGCUCGUCCAACGCAACAGCAGCAGCAGCAUCGGCAUCAACACGAAGAAAAGUGAUUUCCUUUCGAGUUUUCAAACGCAUUUGCAUCAAAGAUCGACACCAGCUCAUCCGCUACAUCAGCAAUUACCGCAACAGAAUCAUGCUCUAAAUCAUGCACUUGCUGCGCAACUAUUUUUGCAAUCACCUUUGAUUCCGCAGCCCAGCCAAUGGCUCUAUUCACAAUUGUACGGUGGAAAUUACAAUGAACUUCCAUGGCUUCGAUCAUCGCUUCAAUCAACAAACGGCAAUGGAUUCCGUUUGACAAGCGGCACAACAAACAAUGACUCCGCUUUGGCAACACAAUCGGAUUCCCUGUGCACCGAAUCGAACAAUGAACCAAUUGGCACGAAACGAAGCAUUACGUUAAUAUCACAUUUGGACGAUGAAAAAGAAACGAGCGCAUCGCCACCGGUUACAUCGACCAAACGCACACCCAGCCCACAUGAUGACAUUGAAAUUGUGAGCAACUCCAAUCCAGGCAAACCGAAAAGUGAUUCGUUAAAAUGUCGAACAGCAAAACAUAAUGACGUCUGGCGACCGUAUUAACACAACAAUCGAUCUACUUCACAUUUUGUAAAUAAAGAAAUUCGCCCCAUGCGCGAGAUUAAAAAGUAGAGAUUGAUUGCAGUCAAAUCCAAUUUCGAUUGUAUUGUAUUUAAUGCAAACUUAGAAAUAAUUGAGUCGAGAUUCAUAUCUCUUUAAAGAAAAAAAAAACAUCCUUAUUUAUUUCACUUCAUGUUUAAAUCAAAUCAGGCAGGAUAUCUCAAUAACAACACAAAUUGCAAGUCAUGCACUUUGCGUUUGGAGAAAAAAAAUCUAUACGGUUUACAUAUCGAAUUUAAGCAACUCUUCUAGUAAAACGUCAUAGCGAAAAUACAGCGGAAAUGUGUACACUCAAAAUCGAAACUGUUGAAUUAUCUCAAGUAAAAAUUCUCUCUAAAUUUAGCCAAUCCCAAUGAACAGUUAUAAUCGUUCGAAAUGGAUUUUAGCCCAUGACAUAAAAAAACAACAACCAUUUCCACAUCACUUUGCGUACAGCAUGUGAAAUGGACAAACAAAAGAAUGGCAUUUUCUGUAUAUAAAAACGACACAUAUGAUUAUACGUAAAUAAUAAACAAAAACAUAUAGCAUAUGUACCUCUACAAUCUAACUAUAGAUAUUAGUAGAAUGUAAUCCGUAAAUUUCACGCAUUAAACAUACAGACACAUCACUUAAAUUAAAUAUAUUGGCAAAAAUUAAAUGAAAAUGGAAAUGCAGUGGCAGUUUAAAAUUGCAAAGAGAGCGAACAAAAAUUACCAUCACCACCAGCGCCAUCAGAGCCAUCCCCCUCCCACUCGGCCUCGGUCAGUCAUCAUUUGCCAAAAUGCAUUGCAUAUUAUUAGUUUGGGAUUUUUUGAGAAAAUAAAAUCGCUCUGGCUAAUAUUUAAUUGAAAAAACGAACGGACAAAUGCGAUAAAGCAGCAACAACAACAGCAGCAACAGCAGAAAUUAUAAAUAAAAUGUUUCAUUUGUGAUUUGUAGUUUUGUCGUAUUUUCGUGAACAAUAAAAUUUUUGGUUGUUUCCAAUUGAACAA